CGGCGACCGCCGGCCGAGGGAGGCGCGGCGCGGCGCGGCCCGGCGCGGCCACAAGUUGCGCUGCGGGCGGCGAGGUAAUACAAGAUAGAAGAGAGGUCUCCACAUAAGCCCUGGAAAGAAGAAAGGAUUGGCCUGCAUUUCCUUCUGAGCUCGUGCCUGCAGACGGUCUGCGGAGUCUACGAUCGGAUGCCGGGCAGCCCACUGGCCCAAAGGCCUCCACAUGACGUCACCGUAACGAGGGUGGCUCCCGCUUUGUGAAGACCUCAUCGCCGCGAGGUGAGGCUAAGAUGAGCAUUACCAGUGACGAGGUGAACUUUCUGGUGUAUCGGUACCUCCAGGAAUCAGGUUUUUCCCACUCGGCCUUCACGUUCGGGAUCGAGAGCCACAUCAGCCAGUCCAACAUCAACGGGACACUGGUGCCGCCGGCUGCCCUCAUCUCCAUCCUGCAGAAGGGACUGCAGUAUGUGGAGGCCGAGAUCAGCAUCAACGAGGAUGGCACGGUGUUCGACGGCCGCCCCAUAGAGUCCCUGUCCCUGAUCGACGCCGUGAUGCCGGACGUGGUGCAGACGCGGCAGCAGGCGUUCCGGGAGAAGCUCGCGCAGCAGCAGCAGGCCAACGCCGCCGCUGCCGCCGCUGCAGCCGCUGCAGCCGCCGCCACGGCCACGGCCACGGCCACAGCCACCGCCACCACCACCGCAGCCACCCCAGCCCCCGCAGCCGUUUCCCAGCAAAACCCACCAAAGAACGGAGAGGCCACCGUGAACGGGGAGGAGAACGGCGCUCACGCCAUAAAUAACCAUUCGAAACCAAUGGAAAUAGAUGGGGAUGUUGAAAUUCCACCCAACAAAGCCACCGUCCUUCGGGGCCAUGAGUCUGAGGUGUUCAUCUGUGCCUGGAAUCCGGUCAGCGAUCUCCUAGCUUCUGGAUCCGGAGACUCGACGGCCAGGAUAUGGAACCUCAAUGAGAACAGCAACGGGGGCUCCACACAGCUGGUGCUGAGGCACUGUAUCCGGGAAGGGGGACACGAUGUCCCAAGCAACAAGGAUGUGACCUCGCUGGACUGGAACAGCGAUGGGACACUAUUGGCUACAGGUUCCUAUGAYGGCUUUGCAAGAAUAUGGACGGAAGAUGGUAACCUGGCCAGCACCUUAGGGCAGCACAAAGGCCCCAUCUUUGCCUUGAAGUGGAACAAAAAGGGGAACUAUAUUCUGAGUGCYGGUGUGGACAAAACAACCAUCAUCUGGGACGCCCACACGGGAGAAGCCAAGCAGCAGUUCCCCUUCCACUCRGCCCCCGCUCUGGACGUGGACUGGCAGAACAACACUACCUUUGCCUCCUGUAGCACGGACAUGUGCAUCCAUGUGUGCAGGCUCGGCUGCGACCGCCCAGUCAAAACCUUCCAAGGGCACACAAAUGAGGUCAACGCCAUCAAGUGGGAUCCUUCAGGAAUGCUGCUAGCGUCCUGCUCUGAUGACAUGACMUUAAAGAUCUGGAGUAUGAAGCAAGACACGUGCGUUCAUGAUCUUCAGGCUCACAGCAAAGAGAUCUACACCAUCAAGUGGAGUCCCACGGGACCAGCCACCAGCAACCCCAACUCCAACAUCAUGUUAGCAAGUGCUUCGUUCGAUUCUACGGUGCGACUGUGGGAUGUSGAGCGGGGCGUUUGUAUCCACACACUAACCAAACAUCAGGAACCUGUCUACAGUGUAGCCUUCAGUCCUGAUGGCAAAUACUUGGCCAGUGGCUCCUUUGACAAGUGUGUCCAUAUCUGGAAUACUCAGAGUGGAAGUCUCGUCCACAGCUACCGGGGCACAGGUGGCAUCUUCGAGGUGUGCUGGAACGCUCGAGGAGACAAAGUGGGCGCCAGUGCGUCSGAUGGCUCUGUGUGUGUGUUAGAUCUGCGGAAGUAAACACAGGAAACGCUAGAGAGGAAAGGAACAACCCUCACGGACCCGCAGUGGACGCGUGGGGUCGCCGCUCUCUCCCGCCGUGUUGGAGCUUGACUUGCGUUAGAGUGUACUUUGAAGUCAACUUGUCCCUGGCCACAGGAGUCUCUCUCUUUCUCGUCACCUUCAUCCUGAAGUUGAAAAACACAAGCCCGUGGGGAAGGUCCCGCCCAGGCCCCGCCGUCGGAGCCAGGGGCGGCGCAGGCUCGGUUUCCAUCCCCCGGAGUGGGCGCUCGCGGCUCAGUGGGGAGGGGACAGUGAAAAAGCUGUGCCAAAAAAAAAAAAAAUGCUGUGAUCAACCAAAAGGUGGGGGCCGCCUCCUUAGGGUCCCCCCCCCCAGUCGAUUUGGACACCACGUGGCUCCCACAAAGGCUGCUCCAAGACCAUUGGGACCGAUGAAGCGCGCGACUGUCCUCCCAGCUCUGUGUUCUAGAACCUGACUUGUGGGGUGGCUUUUCUGUCCACUGGAAUCCUGUGGUCCAGGGCCUUCCACGUGAGAUGGAAACUGUCCGGGGUUCGUUGCUUCUUUCCCCCUUGGUCAUGUCCUUGCCCCCUGCGCCAUUCCCUUUGGUCCCGUGUCCCUUUUCAUGCCCCCCCCCCACACACACACACACACACAGACGCGGCCAGGGACAGGGUGACGCGAUGGGGGAAGCCUGGAUGGACAGCUCGCUCCCCACCCGUCCACUGCCCCGCUCCCCUCUGCUCUCCCAUAGCUGCUCCACACCUUAGGUCUCAAGGGCACUUUUGGCGCAUAAAUAAGUGCUUUAUGUAAGAAGGCAGGGAGGGGGACUUUUUACAGGAGAAAAAAAAAUGACUUAUAAGAGAAAGAGCCUGGAGUAUUUUUGGAAAAAAAAAAAAAAAAUAUUUUUAUGUUGAAACGAUUUUAAAAUCCUAAAAUGGCCAUCAGACAUAGAGAGCUUUGUGAUUCAUAUUUAAAAAGGAAAAAAAAAAGUCAAAGAUGUCACUGGCAGCCCGAGGUGUCUCGCCCCUUUCCGUCAGCUGUGUGGAAGGCAYGAGGAGGACCUUGGGUGGAAGACGGACGGAUGGUCCUGCACGUCAGCAGCUGGUGCGAAAGAAGGGAGGGAGGCUUCCAGACCGACAGCCGGCCUCUGCUGUCACCUACGCCUUUUCCCCAGAAACAGCUUCCAGUGUCCACCUCACCAAGAGCACACACUGGGAAAGUACCUGCAAAGUAGACCUGAAGGCUCCCCAGAGCGUACCUCGGUCAAGAGAAGACACAAAAUAACCCGCAAGGAGGACUGUCAUUCCCGGAGGUGAAUCAUUACCUAGGUAGAAUGUUACUAACCACUUCUACCGGCUUGAUCCUUUCUUUCACAAGAGACUAGAAAAAGGGUGGGGACUUUUUGUUGCUUUUGUUUUUAAAUGGGUCUUUGCUAUUUUUUAAAGAAUUAAACCAGUUUUUGUGUUCCUAGCAAGGUUUGCUGUCGUGGGAUCAGGUGACUGUAGCACCCUCAUCACAACUGAACACUGAUUUUAAAUUAGCAAUGGGGGAACACAUGGAAAGACGGGGCCUCUUCUCUCUGAUUUUCCUGUGGGCCUAGGGAAGGGCAGGAAGUGUUGGUGAGGCUAGGGAGAAGCCUAGGGGGCUGAUUUCAGUCAGCUGUGUGUUCCUGGAGCUGUARCAGGGUGUAACUCAGACGGAUGCAUCUCUCCAUGGAGCCAAAAGUCACCCAUGGUGGAAGAGCAGGGCCUACCUAUACGAUUGAGCAUGCUCAGAGGCCAUCGGCAGAUACCAGAGUGCAUUAAUCCUUCUCAGACCGUGAAUUCGCCUCCACUUUGGUAUGUGAAU